AUGUCAGCAACCACUGCCGAUGGCCUUCCGAUUAUGACGUUCGGCGUUGAGAUGGAGGUCUGGGUGUUUUAUAAGGUGGUCAAGCCUGGUGAGAACAUUGAUAAGAUGCGCAGGGAUCCGGCCAACCACGGGCUAAUUCUUGUAAAGGAGGGUGACGACGAGGAGAAACAUUGGAAUCAGUGUGUGAAUGACCUUAUUAGAUGGUUGCAAAACAUAGGGUGUCACGUCAAUGGCGCUGACCCUCAGGACUUGGGGUACUCGACGGAUGUCCACGCCGCUGCCCAGGCCAAGUAUCUCCGCUGGACAGUUGAUACCGAGAUUGCCCUCGACGUGUACGAUGAGCAGCAGAAAGAGGACGACAAAGAGGGCAUAGCCAGGGCCGGUCUUGAAAUCAUCACGCCAGCUUUUCGUCACGACGACAAGAAUUACGACGAGAUUACGCGGGUGAUUGAUAGCUUUAAGGAGCAUUACCGCUAUGUAAUCGACUUCCAGACAGCGGUACAUGUCCAUGUGGGCGCUGGGGCACAAAAGAUGCCAGACGAAUGGGUGUGUCGCAUGGCUUGUCUCAUUUGGGUACUAGACCCCAUCAUGAACAACCUGCAUCCGGUCAUGCGUAGGCACCGUGAUCGAUGGUGUCCCCGGAGUCGUAUUUGGUCGAACCUCGCCCACGGUAUGACGGCGGCAGUGGCGGAGGAUCCAGACAGGAGGAACGUCUACCAAGACUAUGCAGCUGCCAACCCGCCGACAAUCGAAGACGGUUUGAAGGAGCUGAUCAAAUGCACCGAGGCGACAACGUCGGCUAGGUUGAUGUUGACGAACCAGGCCGGAGCAUGUGCAUAUAACUUCUGGUCUUAUAUAUUCGCCGACUCGAGGCCUCAUGCGCCGCCCACCAUUGAGUUUCGCCAGGCUGCUGGCUCCAUGAAUACUCUCUGGAUCACCGCUUGGGCCAAGAUCUGCACCCGCGUUUGUGAAUAUGCCGCGUUCGAGAUGGAUGACGACGAACUCGCGAGACUAGCUCUCGUGUGUACCUCCAUCGAGAAAGAAGGUCCUGACUCGCCAAGGGGCCAACUAAUGCUAACACAGGCGACGGAUGCUUUCUUGCGAUCUAUGGGCCUAGAUACGAUAGCGACCUACGUGCACGACACGACUCCAGACUCAAGAGCAGCUGGACAGUAA